CUUAUCUCCUCCUAUCACGCGAGCCUCUGAAGCGGUCCAACCUCCAAAGCCCCUCAUGGACAGGCAUCAAGAUGUCCUCGCAGCUUGAAAUCUUUGCAAGGGCGCUCUCACGUCUUCUUGGGUGGAUCUACACGUUCUGCUGGUCCGCAUCCUUUUACCCUCAACCGAUCGACAACUUCCGCCGAAAGGCCACUACGGGGCUAGCCAUCGAUUUCCCUACGAUCAAUGUCCUCGGGUUUGUCUGCUACACCGUAUAUACCAGCGCGUUCCUUUACUCCCCCGUAAUCCGCAGCCAGUAUGCGGCUCGCCAUCCGCAGUCUGAGGAGCCCACUGUGCGGUUCAACGAUUUCGCAUUCGCUCUACAUGCCGUUGUCCUCAGCUUCCUAGUCUACACGCAGUUCUGGCCGAGCAUAUGGGGGUUCAAGGUGUCGCGCUUCCAGAGAGUGAGCUGGCCGAUCCUUGGACUUUUUUGGGGGUCGUUCGUUGCGGUUGCCGUGGUCAUCUUCAUUGUCUUAGCCAAAAGCCCUGACAAUGGCUAUGAACCCUUGAGUUGGGCUUGGAUCGACGUUAUUUAUGCUCUUUCAUACGUGAAACUAGUGAUUACGGUGGUAAAAUACGUUCCGCAGGCCUGGGUCAACUACAAGCGUAAAUCGACACGUGGCUGGAGCAUCGUCCAGAUCCUGCUGGAUCUGACUGGCGGCGUGCUCUCGCUUGUCCAGUUGAUCAUUGACUCGGCCUUUCAGGACGAUUGGAGUGGUGUGACGGGGAACCCUAUCAAAUUCCUCUUGUCAAACGUCACCAUCUUUUUCGACCUGAUCUUCGUCAUCCAGCAUUAUGUCUUGUAUCGGAAUGCUGAGGACAAAGACAAGACGAGCCCCGACGUGUACAGCCCGCUCCUGCGCGCCGAAACUAACGCUUGAUUCGCUGAGUGGAAAUGACUCGAGUGUCUGCUUUGGUACCUCUUUUUUUGGAAUGACCUGCAAUCUGUUGAAUAUCCUGUUAGACAAUGUUUUGAACGCUCAUACUCGAGCAAACUGGUUACAGAAAAUGUGCCUGGUGGAUAUAGACCACAACAUCGUGACAAAUAAUGAUACCUGAAUAUUCUCCUCAUC